AUGAAGACGACGAGGACGAGGACGAGGAGACAGAAAAGCGUCGGAGAAGAAGAAGAAGAAGAAGAAGAAGAGACGACGAUGCGUGUCGCGUUUCUUCUCCAAGAGCGCUUUAAAGCGUACCGCGAGAUGCUUUCAAAAUCAUCAUCAUCAAAAUCAUCAUCAGUCGAAGAUGGUGAAGGUGUGUGUGGUGCCAUCGACGCCUUCGUCGAUGAGGAUGACGACGACGAUGAAAAUGCAAAAGUCUUCUUCUUCGACGACUCGUUCCGAGAGGAGUUUCGAGAGUGUUGUUUUAGCGCGGCGACUUUGACGAAGAAUCAGACGAGGACGAGGAGGAGGAAAGAAGAAGAAGAAGAAGAAGAAGAAGAAGAAGGAGCAGCAGCAGCAACAACAACAACUUUAUUAAAGUCUAUAUUCGAGAUGCGCAGAGCGUUCAAAGACAUCUGCGUGGAACAGUUUUUGCGAGAGGCGAAAGCGUACGUUCUGCGAUCGCCUCUGAGAGAACUCACAGAGACGCUGAGGAAGAUCGAAAAGGAGGAAGGCGAGGCGGAGAGUUUGAGCGCGGUGAUUGCGAACGCGCUGGACAGAGAAGAAGAAGAAGAAGAAGAAGACGAUGAUGAAGAAGAUGAUGAAGAAGAAGCUUCUUCUCCGGGUUUUAGGUGCUUGCGAGCGUUUAGCGCGUUUGCGAGAAAAGUGGAGAGGUUGAAGGCGAUCGCGUCGGAGGUUGCCGAGAUGGUACUCGUCGGCGAAGAAGAAGAAGAAAAAGACGACGACGACAAAGACGACGACGGCGCGGAUGGCAAAGAAAACGAGAAGAUAAUUAGCGCGGCGAAGGGAUCUCGUUCGUCUGUUAAAAGUGGUAAUCUUCUUCCUCUCGACGCGCAAAGUCAGAAGAAAAAAUUUGAAAAGAAGUUUGACGAUUUAAUCGCCGAGUUGAUCGUCUCGUGCGGUCCGAGGAACGCGACGAGGGUGUUGAGCGCGUAUUACGCGAAAGUCAUCGUAAAAUUUCGGAACAAAUGCGCGUUUCCUUUGGACGAGGAGGAGUUUUACGCUUCGUUGGAGGAAGAAAAAAAGAGUGGUCGGAGUCGUCGUCCGGCAACUUUGAAUACUACUACGAGUACGAAAACAGACGAAAACAACGAAGAAGAGUCUAUGCAACUGAGCGACGACGACGACAACGGCGGCGACGACGACGACGACGACGAAGAGAACGAGGUUCAGCAGUACAGAAAGUUCGUGAAAAACGUGCGCAAACACCUUCGCAAUUGCGCUUCGCCGACGAAAAUGUUGGGAAAACUCGAGUGCGCUCAAAUCGAACGCGUUCACAAAGACGCCAUUCUGAAGCACUUUAAAAGAUACUCGUACGAAGCGUUUGAGAUUGCGAGCGAUUUUGCGAUCAAACAUUUCGCGUUGAAAUUUGCCGCCUCGAACUUCAAAGCCUCCGCGCUGAAGUGCGUCGCGUUGUAUUCUCGAGUCGUUCCGUUACAAAUCGCCAAGACUGUUUUUGGAUUUGAAUCCGUUCAGUUUGGAAACGAGGCGCCGAGUCAGUUCCACCGAAAAUUCAUCUCCUCGAGCAAAGAACACUUAGGCGCUUUACGAAUCGAGGAAUUGUUUGACAUCGUCGUCGAUCAUCCAGACUCGCUCGGCGCGGUGAAAGAUUUGCGAAUGUGUUUGAGUGACGACAGGCAGUUUGGUCUGCGAGAAUCGUUAGUUUCCAGCUUUAACGAACAACUGCGGAGACGCUUGUUACAUCCGGGAGCGAGAACCGCGGAUGUAAUUUCGCAAUACAUAGGGACGAUUAAAACGAUGCGAGAUUUAGAUCCAUCGGGAAUAGUUUUAGAUUUAGUUUCUGGACCGAUACGGAAGUAUUUGAGGAAAAGAAAGGAUACCAUUCGGUGCGUCGUGACGAUGCUGACGGACGACGGAAGCGGAGAUCGCAACGAUAACAACGAUGGCGAUGGCGAUGGUGGAGGCGGAGACGCAUCGACAGCGAACGCAUUGUUCGCAGAGCUAGGUGCCAUGGCGAGAGAAGAAUUGAAGAAUACAAACGACAACGCCGACGACGCCAACCCCCACCAUCACGAUCGAAGGAGACGCAAAGCCAGCGGAGGCGACAUCGUCGACGAGGACGGCGACGAGAGCGAAUCCUCCGAACUCGACGAGGACGACGGCGCGAGCUUUAACCAGUUUAACGAACAAGAAUUUAACGCGUUUAAAGCGAACGAGAAUAGAAAAAAAUACCAAGAGUACCAGAUGCAGAUGAGGAAUACUUUCCAGGGUGUGGAAGAUUACGAUAUGGACGAUGCGGAUGAAGGCGCGAACAACAAAGACGGCAACGGUAGCGACGAAAGCGAAAGCGAAAGCGAAGGUAGCGAAGACCGCGGCCUCGACGAAUUUGCACAUUUUUACCCCGCUCCGAAAAAGUCCACGUCUCUCUUAAAAUCACAAAAUUCUGGAAUGGACGCCAUAAUGGAUUACGAGAGCAAACAGCUCUCUCGAACGCUGACGAGUUUUGGCGUCGAUCAGCUCCAAAAUCUGGUCUUGGAUCGCACGGAAUCUGGCAUGACGUGGGGUAAGAAUUUCGGAACGCCCGUACCGGUGGACAUCCUUUCUCGCGAACAAUCGAGAAAGAUGCAACAGCAGCAGCAGCAGCAGCAGCAAGAACAACAACAUCAAGAGCAAAGACACCAAAACUUGCAAAAAGCCGGUGAACUUGAGAGUUUGAUCCCGGGGCGAAAAAGCGCAUCAGCGCCGAAGAAGAUUCUUAAGCGUUUCCCAGGAGACGCGUGGGAUCCGGAGCCGGUUGUUUCGGAAGCUACGAAACUCCGCUCGCGCAAAAGGCGUCAAUUGAGAGACAUUAUCGGUCUUCUCGUUGGUAUUUACGGUGGGAAAGAGUUGUUCGUGAACGAAUACCGAUUGAUGCUCGCGGAUAAGCUGUUGCAAAAAUCCAACUACGACGCCGAGAGAGAAACGCUCGCGUUGGAAUUGCUCAAGAAUAAGUUUGGCGAGACGCAUUUACACGAUUGCGAGGUCAUGUUGCGCGACGUGAACGAUUCGCGACGAGUGAACGCGAACGUGAAAACGCGACCGGCAGAAGGCACGCCACUCGCGAAAGAAGGUAUUCGAACGACAGAAAUGUUGAAAGAAAGUCCCGUGCAAGCUUUGAUUCUCUCAAAAUUGUUCUGGCCAAAAGACAUCGCCAAAAGCGCGGCAACAAUCGUCGCGCCGGCGUCGACGCAGGCGAGUUUGCCGCACCCGGUUUCCACGCCUUCAAUCGUCCCGUCACUUGGACAAGAGCAAGAACCAGUGCAAAUGACGAUGAACACGAACGAGAUGUACGUUGGGGAGGAGGAGGAAGUGGACGGAUUGAACGAUCCGACAUCCGCUGCCGCGGCGGCGAAUACCGCUCCAACUUCGCCUCCUCCGGAAGGCGACGCGUCCGUGCUCGAUGACGAUAUCGAUGCGCAACUACAACAACAACUGCGCGAUCAAGAAGAAGGCGACGAGGGAACGCCUUCUUUACUUUCGCGCUCUUUAUCGACGUCGCCGCCGCGGGAUCCUGGAGUAUCGGGCGAAAGAGAAAACGAGAGGAUGAAAAGAACGACAGUCGGCGCGAGGCCUCCUUUUCCUUCUGCGCACAACGACAUCAUCCUCCCGCCGGCUAUCGACCAAGCCAUGCGUGCGUACGAAGAACGCUACCACGAGUUGAAAGCGCCAAGGAAGAUGACGUGGAUGCGUUCGCUCGGUCGCGUCGUCGUUGAAGUCUCUCUGAUCAACGAAAAACCGUUUGAAAUUGUCGUUUCGCCGUUACACGCGGCGAUUUUGUACCACUUCACGGAGCGCGAAAAAUGGACGGCGGAGGAGUUAGCGAAGGUCUUGAAUGCGACGACCAAAGCCGUUCGACAGCGAAUGGUUUUAUGGAUGAACCGAGGAGUGGUUUCGGAAACGAGCGAAGCGACGUACGAAUUGAACACCGUGGCAUCGUCGGCGACGAACAACAAAAUGAUGGAGCACCGACGAGCGACGGGGUCGUUGAAAACGACGAUCGCGACCGAUGGAGGCGGUGGUGGUCCAGGAGAGAACGACGACGACGAUGACGAUUUCUUGCAUCGCGCGGGAUCCUCCGCCGAGGAAGUUGAAGCUGCGGAAAUGAAAGUGUACGAGCAAUACGUCAUGGGCAUGUUGACGAAUUUCCCGUCCAUGCCGAUUGAAAGAAUACACAACAUGUUGAAAAUGUUCGUCGUGGAACCGGCGUACGAUAAAACGCAAGCGCAGUUGGAGAAGUUCUUGAUGUCUUUAGUUCGCGCGGAGAAGUUAGCGCACGACGGGGAAAACUUUUCGAAAAGGAAAGAGUAG